UGCCCUCUUGUAUUUCUUUUUUUCAAUUCUAGCUACUCUCUCUUGUACACUAUUAUUAUUAUUAUACCGUAGUAUGCGUCUCCAUGCAUGAAUGAGAUGACCAUUAGCCUAGCAUGUUCUAUAAAGAGAGGUAUUAGUACUACUAAUUGACUCCUAACCCGUAACCGCUCGAGGAUAAACACCAUUUGCUCACACGUUUGUCGUGCAGGGAGAACGCAGACGACGCCUGCCUGCAUCCGCAUGACCACCACCGCUAAAUGCUACUGCUAACCUCCCCUACUUCUUCUUCAACGCCAACCACCGUCUCUUCUUCUCCUUCCUCUUCUUCUUCGACUCACGCCAAGAGACACACGCCCACACACAAAUCCAUAUCAAUAGGACGUUAGCAGGUUGAUUAGUCUCGGCCAGUGUCUUUGCGUGCGCGCGAAGGAGCGAGCGACAAGUCGGAGCUCGACCGAUCGAUCGGCAUGGGCCAGGAGGAGGAGGCCGUGCUCAUGCCGGCGGCCGCCGUGGUCUUCUCGUGGGAGCCAGUGGUAGUCAAGGCGGCGGGAGCCCGCCGCGACGUGCCGCCGGGGAGCCCGAAGAAGGCGCCGCAGCCACCGGCGCGGCGUCUCUCCGUGCCGCCGCCGCCGGGCAGGGCAACGGCGGCGAGGAGCCUGUCGUCCAGGGGGCGCGCCGUCCGGCCGGAGGACGACCCGUUCCUGGCCGCGUACCUGGCGUGCACCAAGAGCAGCGGCAGGAGAGGCGGGAAGGACGCCGGCGGCGCGGCGAGGGAGGAGGCCAAGGGCCGGAGGCGGUUCACGUGGGCCGGCCUCGGGCUCUCCUGCAAGAGCUCCGCCGGGGCCGUGGAGCAGAGCAUGGUCAAGGUGGCCAAACGGCCGGAGCUGCAUCCGAUCGACUAGAGAUGCUUAAGCUUGAUCCACCGGCCAGUUCGUCGUCUCUUCUCGUAGUCUUCUCUUGAUAUCUUUUUUAAGGUUAUGUGUGAAGCUUGAAUUAGCAAGGUUCGUUUUCUUUUAUGUAUGGUGAGGGAAGAACCAUCUGUGAAAAGAUACAUACUUGCAAUCUCUCAUCUUCCUCUUAGUUUCAGACUUUCAGUCUUUCAGAAUAUGUGAGUUCAUCAUGUCCGUUAUGUGAAAAACUGUCUUUUUCCCUUCUUUUUUUUCUUUUGUCACGGAUGGAUUACCAUGGAAUAUCUUUUGACA